CGCUCUCUCUCUCUCUCUCUCUCUCUGGUUUGGCUCUCGCUCUCGCUUUCGCUUUCGCUCGAUAGAGAAAACUCUUGAAUCGAAUCGCUGAAAUCCGCUUCAACGAUGCAGAGGAUCUCCUCGGUGAGGCGUCUGGCGACGUCCCUUUGGAAUCAGAGCUUGCGAAGGGCGUGCUUCUCUACCUCCCUCCUCUUCGAUGAUACCCAGAAGCAGUUUAAGGACAGUGUUGCUCAAUUUGCACAAGAAACUAUUGCUCCACAUGCAGCGGAGGUGGACAGGACGAAUAAUUUUCCAAAGGAUGUUAACUUGUGGAAACUCAUGGGCGAUUUCAAUCUUCAUGGCAUCACUGCACCUGAGGAAUAUGGGGGCCUUGGGCUGGGUUACUUGUAUCAUUGCAUUGCAAUGGAGGAAAUUAGUCGGGCUUCGGGAUCUGUGGGACUUUCUUAUGGUGCUCAUUCAAACCUUUGCAUUAAUCAAUUGGUGAGAAAUGGAAACCCUAUUCAGAAGCAGAAAUAUUUACCAAAGCUAAUUAGUGGGGAGCAUGUUGGGGCUUUGGCAAUGAGUGAACCGAAUGCCGGGUCUGAUGUUGUCAGUAUGAGAUGCAAAGCUGAUCGGGUUGAUGGAGGUUAUGUCCUAAAUGGUAACAAGAUGUGGUGUACAAAUGGGCCAACUGCUCAAACAUUGGUAGUUUAUGUUAAAACAGACAUUACUGCUGGAUCAAAAGGAAUCACUGCGUUUAUAAUCGAGAAAGGGAUGCAAGGGUUCAGUACUGCCCAGAAGUUGGACAAAUUGGGCAUGCGUGGAAGUGAUACAUGUGAGCUGGUUUUUGAAAAUUGUUUUGUACCUGAUGAGAACAUUUUGGGAGAGGAAGGGAAAGGGGUUUAUGUCAUGAUGUCGGGGCUUGAUUUAGAAAGGCUUGUUUUGGCCGCCGGCCCUCUUGGUCUUAUGCAAGCAUGCCUUGAUGCUGUUAUUCCUUAUGUUCGGCAGCGGGAACAGUUUGGCCGGCCGAUUGGAGAAUUCCAGUUAAUACAGGGGAAAUUAGCCGAUAUGUACACUUCUUUGCAAUCAUCUAGAGCAUUUGUGUAUUCUGUUGCUAGGGACUGCGACAAUGGAAAAAUUGACCGGAAGGAUUGCGCCGGUGUUAUACUUUUUUCUGCUGAAAAGGCCACACAGGUUGCUAUUCAGGCAGUGCAGUGUCUCGGGGGCAAUGGGUAUGUGAAUGAGUACCCAACCGGGCGACUAUUGAGAGACGCAAAGUUAUAUGAGAUAGGUGCCGGAACUAGUGAGAUCAGAAGGAUGAUCAUUGGUCGGGAGCUCUUCAAACAAGAUUAAAAACAACCCUAAAACAUACCGUCUGGCUUCACAAAACAUAUCAUUAAGUUUCCGUCCAUCAUACUGACCUGGGUAUGAAAAAUCAUGUCCAUUUACAAAGCAAUAGAGAACCUUCCAUCAAUCUUUUUUACCCCAUCUUUCUGGAAAUAGAUUUAUUCUGUGUAAUAUUUAUGUUUCAUUAUGUUUAUAUAACUAAAUUCAAUCAAGAAUAAAAUCGUGAACUUUCGAGUGAA